AUGAAUGUCAACACGAGCACAUUGUGCCGCGUUCCGUCGGCUUUGGCGAAGGUGUCCCUUUCACUCAACGAGUCCCGUCGCUGCGUGACGUCAUCAUCGCGCGUCCCUCCGGAGGCUCCGCCGGUGUUCUGGAGAGUGACCCGUCUCUCUGGUUCUCCUGUUUGGUAUUCGCAGAAGAAGUCUAAGAAGUCAUCGGAGACGUUGACAUUUAAGCGCCCGGAGGGAAUGCACUCUGAACAUCAUUUGACGAUUCUCUCCAUUCGCAGAGACGCCCCUCCGCUGCUCCCCAGCGACACCACUCAGGGCUACCGAACGGUGAAAGCCAAGCUGGGCUGUAAGAAGGUGCGGCCGUGGAAGUGGAUGCCGUUUACGAACCCGGCCAGGAAAGACGGAGCCAUCUUCUACCACUGGAGGCGGGCGUCGGAGGAGGGGAAGGACUACCCCUUUGCCAGGUUUCAUAAAGUAUUACCUGUACCCCUGUAUUAUCGGGCCGGGCAUCGGAGCAUUUUGGCGAGUACGAGUACUCGCCUAAAUACUCGGCACCGAUACCGAUACUAGUAUCGCUGCAUCCCUAAUACUCCAAUUUUUUUCUCUCUGUUUUUACAGAAAAGGUCCACAGAAGACCUGAAAGAUCGUUAUUACAGCAUCUGUGCGAAGCUGGGAAGCAUUCGCGCCACUCCUGGUACAGAGAUGAAGAGCGCGGUGUUCGAUGCCGCUCAUGAACGUCGGAGGAAGGAGCAGCUGGAGAGGCUGUACAGCCGGACACCGGAGCAGGUGUCAGAGGAGGAAUACCUUAUCCAAGAGCUGCGGAAAAUCGAGAGCAGGAAGAAGGAGAGAGAGAAGAAGGCGCAGGACCUGCAGAAACUCAUCACUGCCGCCGACACCACCACCGAACUGCGCCGCGCCGAAAGGAAAGCCACCAAGAAGAAACUGCCGCAGAAGAAGGAGACCGAGAAACCUGCUGUUCCCGAAACUCGAAGCCGCUCUCCUUUUCUCCGCGGGCCUUGUGAUGCCAUGAAACUCCCCAGCUCAGUUGGACAGAAGAAGAUUAAAGCCUUGGAUCAGAUGCUGUCAGAACUCGGAGUAGAUCUUAAUCCGAUGCCGACAGAAGAGAUUGUCCAGAUGUUUAACGAGCUGCGCAGUGAUCUGGUCCUGCUGUACGAACUCAAACAAGCGUUCUCCAACUGCGAGUACGAGCUGCAAAUGCUUCGCCAUCGAUUCGAAGCCUUAUCCAAAUAGGGGGUCACCAGCACGGCGGCGGCGGCGGCGGCGGUGACGACGGAGGGAGCCGGCGUGGAGGGCCUGGCCGCCAUCAGCACAGAGGACAUCAAACUAGAGGGGAAAGAUCCAAUCAUUGACGUCGUUGGCGCUCCGCUGACGCCAAACUCGCGAAAGCGCCGGGAAUCUGCGUCCAGCUCGUCGUCGGUGAAGAAGAUGAAGAAGCCCUGAGGGACUCGGCGAGAUGGCCAGCGAGAAAGUUUGGGCCGGCUCCAGCGUCUCUCC